UGAUCUCGGGGCGGUGACAAUCGUCUUCAACAACGUAUGCUGGGUUCAAUCGUCUCUUGUUCGAUUGGAGAAAACGGGUAGAACCCAGCACAAAACACCGAGAGGCCUACCCGACCCGAGAAGCCCAAUUGAAUUUCUCCCACAUUUGUGUUGAGCACUGCCUCUACUAUACCCUUUGGCUCUGGCGCGCAGCAGAGUCUCUCUCUUCGUUUUGGCAGUUCUCCUCCUCCUUUCCCGACUUUGCGCAAGCGAAGCGUGCUGAGUGCCGAUCAGUAGAGCAAGCAGCAGCAGCAGCAGAGGGCUUGCCUGUUAGAUAGCUAGCUAGCUUGCACGAGAGAGAAUGUCGCUGCAGAUGAGAGGCAAGAGAAAGGACGAGGGCAACGCAUCGGACAUCGACUCCGAUGGUGACGCCCCGCCCAAGAAGAACCCCAAGCAGGACUCUGACGAUUCCGACGACAUCGUCGUCUGCGAGCUAUCGAAGAAUAGGAGGGUGUCGGUGAGGAAUUGGCAGGGCAGAGUCGUCGUGGACAUCCGUGAGUUCUACUUCAAAGAUGGGAAGCAACUUCCUGGCAAGAAAGGUAUCUCCCUAUCCAUGGAUCAGUGGAAGAAACUAGCGGAUCACGCGGACGAGAUCGACAAGGCGAUGACCGAUAACUCAUAAGUGCGGAGGUUCUCUAUUUUGUGUUUACUGAAGGAGGGACACAGUCAGGUAUAUAGUGGACUUGUCUUAACACUUCAUCUAGUAUAGUAAGAGAUGGUUUUUAACCCUUUGAAUUCUCUCUAUAUCACUCUCUUCCACUUUCAAAUGCUCGGGCAUUAAACUGGGAUGGUGAUAUUCUGGUCACACCGGCACGGUGAGUCUCCUCUGAGAAGGAUGGAUGGGGCUGCGUAGCGGGUGAUGAACGUAAAAUGAAUUGACUGUUUAAGGCAGGGUGAAGCAAUGUUAAACUGCUUACUUCAAUAUUUCUGAGAGCUGGAAAGAGAAAUGCUUUCAUGAACCUAAUGCAGUUAAUUAUUA